AUGCAGAAUGCCCCCGGAGAAGAGCCGGAAGUCGGGGAUCAGUCCUUUGAUCCAAUCAUGACUUCAGAACAGAGAACGGGCCUCGCGGUGGGAGCCAACACUUCCGAUUAAUGAUCCGGAUGAUAUAAUUCUCCCAUCAAGAAAGCAUUUUUUGGGUUUAUACCUGCCACAGAGACCCGGACGCCCCUUGAUCUUCCCUUAGAGACUCGCGAGGCUCAUAAAUCUUAUCAAUUGGGGUAGCCUCGACCUACUUAAUACUCGCGUAACCUCCUCAAGUAACCAACUUAAGGAAACCCCGGGGCUAAACUUGGGUUCUCCAUAAUUACGCAAGAGAUUCAUGUCAAUUAAAUAGAUGAAGUGUGCCGUUAGAACACUUGAAGUGGACGUUCAAGAAUAAACAGGGAGUCAGAAAAGAGUGAGUGGGUUGUUUGCAAGUUUUCGGGUCUCAAAAAAGGGACCCUCCCCCCUUGAAUGGCCACUGUUUCGAACUGUUUUGUUUGCGACUCCACCUCGAGUCGGUUGCUUUGGGUUGUCGGGCAUGGUUAAUGUUUGAAGGGGUAAACUCGCCAAUUUGUAUACAUUCGGUAUAUAAGUCAUCAUCCAUAUUAUCCAUUAUUUAAAGGGCUAUAAAUUAAAUCCAAGGAUCGCCUCGCCUGGGGAGGGAAGUCGUAUAUGCGCGGGAGAUGGGUGUCAUGCUGCGAUUUCAUGAACAUUUGUUGCUUGAUAUACUGCCAGGUAUCGUCCUCCCCCGGGGAUCCUCUGAUUUACGGCUGUUUUCGUCUGCUUAGCAAAGUGAAUUACAGUAAUUUUUCUGCGAGUUUUGUCUAACUUAACGCUUAUAAUUAUGACAUACAUGCUAAUCUUAUGUCGUUUUUUCCCUCAGAAGGUCAUGACCUCGGACUUUUAAUCCCCUGAACACUGGGCCCUGGGAUUCCGCCACAAUGCGUUCUAAUUGGUGAUCGAGACCAAGGUCGGGAGGAUCGCCAUAAUGCAACUCCUUAGCUCUCGGAAUUAAUACGGAACUCUUCCCUUGCUCCUUCAGUAAUUAUGGGAAUUCAUAAAACUUACGGGAUAUUCUACAUGUUGAUUAUUUUUUGUUUGUUUUGUUUUCUUAUAUUGUGCUUGGUUUCACGUUGAUGGAUGCCCAUCAGUUUGUGAAUACCCGCAGCACUUGAUUGUCGGGGAUUUACCUAAUCUUGAGGUUGAUCUAAACCCGUCGAAAGUGGAGUCCACUUUUUUGUUUGUUUUUCGGGAUGACCGCAUCUCAUCUCAAUUAUAAUAUCAUAAAGGCUCUUUUGAUUGAAACCGUUUCGGAAGCGGGUUUCAAAGGGCCUAUCACUAUCAGAUUAGUUAUUUGAUAUUCCCUAACUUUGGCCCUUUCGUCGGAUUACAGCGCCCUUCUGUUCUCUUUUCCCUUCACUCCUCCCAAACCUUAUGGACAUUCCGAAGAGAGGGUCCCUUCCCUUUUGUACAGUCGUGCAUUUAUUUCUGUUGUCUUAUCUCCGAUGCGCCAAAGUUCAGAGGAAUCCCCGGAUGCCAGAGAUCCAAUGGUCGGAAGGGGCGUGGCUUCGGGGGAGGUCCUUAUUUUUAUUUUUGUUCUAAAACUUUCGCUCCUUCUCGGUCUGGAGAAAUCGUGGGAUCGUGACCUCCACCGCCUUAAUUGGGCCCUUAGGGCGGGAAUGAGUUACUUAUGCAGAUUUUGUAACCCAUCUGGAAGCCGUCGCUGGCCUUUCUCAACAAUUCAUGGGUCACUACUUUUCUCACAAGCCUCUUUUCUUGUCAUUGUAUAGUAAUAAUAAUUUGAGAUAUUUGAGCGCACUCUUUCCUUUUUGGCCAGAGACCCUAUUAGCCCUGCGGGCCUCAAAAGUCGCCUGCCAGAUUAAUUGGCAAGGAUACAAAUUCAAUGGCCAAGAGGGAGAGGUGCUUAUUCCUUGCUCAGACUUGUUUUUUCGAGGGGAAAUUAAGCUUCUGAAUAUUUUAUUUCGACCGUUUAGUCCCUUCCGGAGACUGUCGACACUGAUUUUUUAUCUACAAACACGGAUCGACUUGCGUGCUGACGAUUAUUUAAUUUUAUUGUCCUACCAAAAUUUUCGAAGACAACAUCCCUUCAAUUGACCUUCGAUAGAUUUCCCAAAAUACUUUUUUUGGCUAGCUUUAUAAAAUGUGUCAUUCUGUCGCCUUUUCCAGAUCCCGACAAGAUUUUGUAAAAACAAUUUUCGGUCGAGGUGGCCAUGUUUGAGGUCAGUGGGAGAAUAUACCCUGGAAUUAGCGGACGUUCGACUGGAUCCCACGGCUUAAUGGCCGGGUCCGCGCGAACGAUUCAAUUAUUCAUAAGAAAUGCGAGAAACCCGGCCAGAGGCCUUCCCAAUUCUUCCACAUUAUAUUAUACUACCCUAUCACACUCCGUAUCUUCCUCCUCGCGCGUUUGAUUGACGGUUUCGUCCCGUUUCCUUAAUUUUGGCCCUAAUCCCCAAUUAUUCAUCUCCUUUGCAGAGCUAUGCUUCAAUGUAUUUGCGGGCAUGGGAUCUCCAUUGUCUGAUCGUCUUCGUGACAAGUGUAAUAUGCACAGCAAAUGGUUCGGAACGACUGCUCAACAGCUUUCGAGCUUCCAGUAAAAUUAAUAAUGUCUUUUUAAAGGGAGAUAAGGUGAGUGUGGCAUAUUGUAUUACCUAUUUUUAUUGUGUUUUAUCUUUGAUUAAAUGGAUUUAGGUGUAUAUUGGGGCUGUCAACAGCAUCUACGUCAUCAACAACCAUCUCUCUGUCUUAGCCGAACAAACCACCGGUCCUAUUCUUGAUUCUCCUUUGUGUUCUCCGGAUUUGAAUAGUUGUAUUGGCUCUAAGGAAUCAAUAGAAUCUUCGGAUAACUACAACAAGAUCCUCCAAUAUUCUCCAAAAUCGGAUCUCUUGUUAGUAUGUGGAUCCGUGAGACAAGGGAUUUGCGAAUGGCGGGAUUUGAAUACUCUUAGGGUUGUCAAUAAACACGAAUCGUCGCCGAUUCCCGUCGCUGCCAACUCUCCCAAUGCAUCUACGACUUCUCUGAUAGUCAAGGAUGUGUAUGAUGAGGAUCAAUUAUUUGUGGCUGCAUCUCUGACCACGGAAUCUCCUUAUCGGGAUGGAUUUCCUGCUGUUACGACGAGGGCUAUUCCCUCUUUGAUUACUUUGAAUUCGGGAUCAUUAGAAGGUAAGUUUUUGCUUUUACACUGUGUUUUCGUUUUAAAAAAUAGUAAAAUCUCUUGACCUUUAAUCCAAUAUUGAUCUUAUUUUAGGUGAAGCAGCUGUCUUUAUCCGGGCCGAUUACCGUCAGCGCUUCAAAGUGGAGUACGUUACUUCGUUUACCUUCGAUAAUUACAUCUACACGGCUUCCAUCCAAAACCAAGACCUCAAACUCCCAUCGACUCUGGGCCAUUCGGUUUCAAAGCUGAUCAGAGUCUGUCAGAAUGAUGACAAGUAUGUGAUUUGACACUUCUAUUAGCUGAGAUCAAGGUCAGAGAUGUGCUUUCGAUAACACAUCUCUAUUAGUUGUUGGUGAAGGUCCUUUUUUGGCUUGUUCAGAUCUUAUCGGGACUGUGAUUUGGCCAAUUUCUGGGUCUAACUCAAUUAGCUUUGUUUCCGAACCAACAUAUAAUUAUAGGCCGAGAUUGUGGGAAAUGGCCUUAAGAGGUCGGGGACGUCUCCCCUGCUUGCGUAAUACCCCCUUAAAACGACUCUCACUUAGAAUGAAAACAGAUCGAGUGUAAAAUAGAGAUUAAGGUCGACAAAUCAAGUGUGUAUAAUCAAGCAUUGCUUGAAGAAAUAUGCUAAAAGAUCUAAUAUUUUAUAAUUUUCUUUACAUUUUGCUUUAGGUAUGUUUCCUAUUCGGAAAUCGAGAUCCAAUGUCGGGGCGAAGAUAACACCAAUUUUAAUAUUGUCAAGUCGAUGAAAUUGGUGGGCCAAGAGUUGAUUGGAGUGUUCACAGAUCAGAAUGAGCAGCGAUCGGCGGUCUGUAUCUAUCAAAUGUCCAGAGUUCAGACCACUUUCUUCUACAAUAUCGACCGAUGCUGGGGAGGGACGUCGACCGUGGGCUUACCUCACAUGGGACGGGAUGCCAAAUGCAGUAAUGUGAGUGAAUUCCGAAUGCGUGGAGGCAGGAAACGGGGAAUGGUAUUCAAAUUCAAUUGGCUAUAUACUCCUUGGUGUGUCAUCCCCGCCAUUUUCUUUUGUUUUGGCACGCUUUUUGAGUAACAAAGCCGAUCUUUUACCGCGCCGAUGUCAUAAAUUUUCGGGGGAAGUUUUACUAUAGGCCUUUAUGCAAAUGAGAAAAAAGCAAACCAUAUGGGCGAGGACCCACCUUUCCCGGAUCUUCGCCAUGAUUUGGAGAUGUAGAUUAAUUAGAUAAUUGGCUUCCAUUUUACGAAAACAUAUGGCUGCACACAUGAACAAGCCUAAUGUAACAUGCAGGGGUCAUAAAGACGGGAACUACUGUAAAAUGUCACAAAAAAUUAGAUGAUUCCCAGUACCAUAUCAUUUUCAGAGGAGUCGGAUGACCUUGUCCAAUGAGACCUGCCUUCUGGGUGUUGGUGGAUCCAUCCAAAUCUCGGAGAUUGCUGUGAAACAAUUCGAGGCUCGAACCUUGACUGCUGUCGAUGCCAGAUUCAUUCAAAAUCAUUUUCUGUUGGCUUUGGGAACAAAGUCUGGUGAUGUUUUACAGGUAAGCACAUUAAUCUUGGAACUUUCAUUGGUGUUCCCUUUGAUCUUCUUUAAUUACUUUGGCCGAAUUUCCCUCAAUUUGACGCCUUUUCCGAAGGAUUAAUGUCAGUUUAUUUAAGAGUGAUUUAAGACCAGCUAAAGGUGAUUGGAAGUGAUGUAGGGCCUCCUAAUUCUUACCGGAAGAUUAAUUGGCUAGAACUGGCCUGAUCCUGGGAAUUUUUGUGGGAAAAGUUUACGCAAAUUUUGACGGAUUAGGUUUGUGGGAGCGGAUUAAGGUCAAGCUGAUCCACGACUGGUCAGGUGUUCCCACGGGGUUAAAUUAUUCUCAAAAGAUCGAAUUUUGAAUUAAUGUUAAAGAAAGUAAUGUUGCUAUUACAGUAUGAGAUUCUGGGAGACAAAGGGAACCGUCAAGUGGAAGAUUCAUUUGCCGAAUUCCUGGCCGGCCCUGAUCCCGUGGAUAAAAUCCAGUUCUUGGACGAGGAAAAGCUGUUCGUUGUCAGCGGAAAUGAGGUAUGGUUGAAUACUUUUUUAUUGGUUUAAUUGGUUUAUGAAUAACGUCCGUGUAAACAGUUGACCGUAAUUUACGCGUUUAUGCCCAUAAUUGGUAUGACCACACCUCCUCGCAGCCGGGAUUAGCCCCAUUUCGCAUGUUAUUUCUCGACAUUAAAGGCGGCUUUAAUAACCGAAAGUUUGCGCAAGAAAUGGCGAAGGAAUAAAUCCGUAAUUUGCGUAUUUGAGACUCGAUUCCGAAUGCAUUAAGGCGGCAGUCAAGGUCGGGCAUUACUCCUGCAGUUCACGAAUCCCAAAUUGAGGGAUUACGUAAGAGGAGACGAACAAAUAAUCGGUAUCACACUAUUCCCAUAGAAAGGAAACAUAAGGAAAAUCUCGUAAAAUUCUUACUCUCUCUUAUCAGCGCAUGUUUUAUGGCCCAUAAACCGCAGUAAGAAGAUCAUAAAUUAGCCGGCCGUCUUUUGUUUGCUGACAAGACGGCGGCACCCUUCAAGGGUCCACCUUUUAUCAUUUAAUCUCCGCUGACCGAUCGCUAAGCGGCUAGGCCGGGCCAUCUGUUGUCUCAUUAAUAAAGGGCGAACAGACAAUGGACAUCAUUUGGAUCGGGGAUGAUUAUUUAUGUGCGAACGGAUCCCGCAAAGCUUACACAAUUGGCUGUUUUUUGGCAUAAAUUAUGAUCAGCGAGGAUUGACGAGCACUUUGUUACACCAAAAUAUAAUCUAUGAGAAUGCAAAUAAUGUCAAGUAUAAUGUUUAAACAAGAGUUCCUUUCAGGUUUUGACAUUCAAGGUGUCAGUGUGUCCAAAGAGCUCCUCUUGUGAUCAGUGUGUCUUCGCCCGUGAUCCUUUAUGCGGAUUCUGUCUCUCCGAAGGCAAAUGCACUUCUCAAAUCGAAUGCCAAUCUCGUCUUGUCAGUCAGUGCCCGGUUUCAAGGGAUUCUGUAACUCCUUCCAACUCUUCCACAACAUCCUUAUCCAGUAUCUUCUUCCCUGUUGUCGGGCUUCCUCAGCCGGCGGUUGGUAAGGGAUACGAAUGCUAUUUCGGACCCUUCAAGUCAUCGGCUUUAUGGACUCCGGAAGGUGUCAAGUGCAAUAUUCCAAACCAGAAACCGACCACGAAUGGAAAAGACUUCAUGCAGGUACCACUAGCUAUUAGAUCCUCAUCAUCCCGCUACAACAUUGUCCAACAGAACUUUACUUUCUAUGAUUGUAAAGUUCAUACUGUAUGUUCAAAAUGCUCCCAAUCAGAAUGGCCAUGUACUUGGUGCUCAUCUACGAGAUCUUGUCAAGCAGAAGAUCAGAAAUGUGAAAUUAAGGUAGGUUAAAGUUAUUUGGGAUCUGGAGUUAAUAAUUAUUUUUUUAGUCGAAUGGAAGAUGUCCCCACAUUGACAUGUCAAGUCAGCCCUCCAUCACUGUCCCUGAUGCUACAAAUCAAUCUAUCUCUUUCAACGUCAGAUUCAUGGAUUCAGAAGUUGAUUCCAAGGGUUUGACCUGUGAAGUGUCAGCUUCAGAACCGGAUUCUAAUCCCUCUUCGGUUCCAGCAACUUUUAUAUCGAAAGAAAAGGUCCAGUGUAGUCCUAUUUUCUUUAAAUACCGGGAUGAUAAAGCUGAACGCGUUUAUCAAUUGGAGCUAAAGAGAGACAAAGAGUUGAUUGACAAGAUCCCCAUUACUGCUUUCAAGUGUUCAAUAAUGGCUUCUGACUGCUCGAGUUGUUUGGCAUUGGAUCCCAGGUUUCAAUGUACCUGGUGUGCUGGGGGAUGUCAUUUUGAUGAGAAUUGUCCGGUUAGACCUUCCAAGGCAAAAGCUGACACUUUAUGCACGGCACCCGUGAUUGACUCGGUACGUUUUUGUUGUUUUGCACUUUGUCAUUAACUUUCUCCUCUAAUGAAGACGUUGUUUUCAGUUCUCCCCGAUUGCUGGGCCAAUUGAAGGAGGCACUGUAAUUGAGAUCAGAGGUCGAGAUCUUGGCUCCAGAAUUCAAGAUGUCCAAGACCGAGUGAUGGUUGGGUCUUCAAAAUGCAGAGUGAUUGAUUAUGAAGUCUCAGUGAAGAUUUUGUGUGUGGUUGAAACUGGAACUGGGUCAGGACCGAUCAGAGUGACCAUCGGGAAAACGGGGAAACGUCAAGUAGAAUCUGACGCCCACUUCCAUUUUCUGGAGCCGGUGAUACGAUCAAUUCAACCUUCCUUUGGUCCGAUGUCUGGGGGCACUAGACUUAGAAUUCACGGGGAAAAUCUGGACGUUGGAGCCAUGGUUAAUGUUAGUGUCGACAGGAUACCAUGCAAGGUGAUUCCCGAAGAGAGGUCAAAGAAUCAGAUCAUGUGUUUGACGGGUCGAAGCCCUACGGCAUACACCGCUGAGACAAUAAGACUUCAAGUGGAUGAGACUAUCAGAAUAUUGAAUGCCGAAUUUGAAUACAGACCAGAUCCAACGGUGGUGUCAGUUGAUCCCUUGGUCGCAUUCGAAAGUGGAGGACGACUUCUUACUGUGAAGGUAAAAGGUGAUUGUAUUAAUAAAUGUGGAUUGUUAUAGGGAACGAACUUUGAUUCCGUCUUGGAAGCCAAGAUCUUCCUGGUUUCGUCUUCAUCUGCUUUUGAAACUUCCAUUGUUUCUGACCUUGCUGCAUGUCAGAUCCAGAACUCGACCGAGAUGACUUGUGAAUCCCCCCGGUUGUCUUACAACCUUCUGAAUCCUGAGGUCGGUCACGCCAGAAGGGCCUUCAACAAAUUUCCGGUUGGAUUCCAUAUGGAUGGGGUUGAAGAUGUCAGGAAUCUGGGCCGUUUGUUCUCCUUGAUGACUGUUUCGGAUCCUCAAUUUGCUUCAUUCAAGGGUGUCAAGACACUUAGUUUGGGGCACCCAUUGGUCAUCGAAGGGAAACACUUGACAAUGGCUGCUAAACCGGACGAAUACACUGUAAGACAAACAUAUUUUGGCGGGAGUUGCAGGCGUUAGAAAACGAAUAACUUUAUAUUAAACGAAACGGGAAAUCCCGAGGAUUCAGGGAAAAAAGAAACGUUUGACUCAAAAAUAAAGAAGUUAUGGUCAACUGAAAUCGGGCCUAAAAUGGUCUACUCUGUUUUUGGUUUGCAAUUGUGAUCUUUUCAGGUUACAAUCGGAACAGUGAAAUGUCCAGUGAUUGUUCUAGAGUCCCAUCAAUUGGUAUGCCGGACUCCGGAAGUUCUUCCUCCCCAGACAGAUGACCAAGGCACUCCGCUGAACGACGGCAGAUCUCUGGUAGUGGUCAGGUUUGGGUCUGGGAGAAUUCGCGCCGAAAUCGGACCCUUGGAAUUCACGGACUCUGUUUCCCUGCAAUCCUCGGCAUUUAUGAGGAACAACUUGGUCAGAUUAAUACUCAUUUUGGUGUUUGGCAUCGGGAUUGUGGGCGUUGGACUUGUCCUUAUCUUCUUCUUGUGGCGACGACGAUCAAGCGAACAUGAGCGAGAUUACAAACGGAUUCAGAUGCAGCUGGAACAAAUGGAGUCGAAUGUGAGGAAUGAGUGCAAGCAGGCCUUUGCCGAACUCCAAACUGAUAUGUCGACGGAUCUGAGUAUGACCAUGGACAGUGACGGAAUCCCUUACCACGAUCGGGUCGAGUUCUUUAGUCGAUUGUUAUUCAAAGAUGGUAUGGACACCACUAUUCUUAAUGGUUACGGUACUGCAGGAAUCUAUGCAACGUAAGUAGAACAAUGAUUAUUUAAUAUGGUUUGGUUAGGCAUCUCCCAAAUGCUAUAAUCCAGUUCGAAAGUCUCUUAUACAAUCGACAGUUUGUAUUUGUAAUGGUGCAGAUGGUGGAGUCGAAUAUAAAUAUCGGAGUUUCGGAAAGAUCAACUUUGGCCUCUCUUUUGAUGGUUGCGAUGGCUAGAGAUAUGGGAUAUUGUACUGAAGUUGUGUUUACUUUAUUAUCUGCUCAUAUCCAACAGUCUUGUCAGAACAAAAGCAAUCAUCUUCUCUUCCGCAGAUCGGACAGUUUGGUCGAGAAAUUAUUCCAGCAUUGGCUGUCGUUUACCCUACACCCAGCUAUGAUUGAACCUGUGGGGCCUGGCAGACAGUUGUAUCUUUUAUACAAGGCACUGAAGUUUCAAACUGAAAAGGGACCAAUCGAUGUUUGUACGGGGAACUCCAGAUAUUCAUUAUCCGAGCAGCGAUUGUUGAGAGAAUCUGUGGAUGCGCAACCUAUCGUCUUGAUGAUUAUCCCGAUUGAAGGUUUCGAUCAAGCGCCAGUUCCGUUGAGAGUAGUUGAUUGUGACACGAUCUCUCAAGUCAAAUCCAAACUCCUUGAUGCCUUAUAUAAAAAUGAAUCCUACACUCGACGGAUGACUACCGAUCAGUUUGAUCUUGAAUGGAGAUGUCCGAGAAGAGGAAACAUUUUGUUAUUGGAUGAUGAUCAACCGCACAUCAAAGGCGUCAAGAAGCUUCAUACAGUCAGGUAUUACAACCUACAAUCAAAUUCCGUCCUCACGAUGCAACAACGAGGACAGCAUUCGUUUACCACCUUCCGAAGUGAGUCUGGCGGAUCUUCUGAUACCACUUGUUCCGUAUGGUCAUCCGCACAUCUAAUAGAUCAGAAUGGAAUACCUGUAUCCCCGGCUUCUGCAUGCAGUAAUGUGACUUAUUACCAUCUUACUCCUCCAACAUCUCUUAAAUCGAAUACCCUUCAAAGUCAUGCAAGCGCUUUGCUGUCUUUGGAUAAAAAGCAGAGGAAGCAGUACGUUUUGCAGAGACAUUCUAGUCAGCAACAUCUAUUCGUGGAAGAGAAUUCAUCCAGAAAUAUCCCUGAAGUCUUCCUAACACGACUGGUUAUGUGGUAAGUUUUCAUUGAAAGUAUAAUUGAUAGCAAGAUCGGUGUUUCAAUUGUAGCCUACUUAAUUUCAGUAAGGGAACGAUACAACAAUUUAUCGAUGAAUUCUUAAAUGCAGUGAUGUAUUCGAACGUGGAUAUUUGUGAAGUGCCAGUGGUCCUGAAGUAUGUGAUGGACUUCCUCGAUCAACAAGCAAUUCGGAAUGGAGUUUCGGACCCUGAGGUCAUCCACGCCUGGAAGACCAACGCCUAUGUUUUGAGGUUCUGGGUCCAACUCCUCCAUAACCCUGAUUCCCUAUUCGAUAUCAACAGACAGAAUUAUGUGAACUCUUCUUUGGUUGUGAUUGGCCAGACCUUGAUCGAUGCCUUCUCUCAUUCAGAGGUACCACUUGGAAAGGAAUCUCCGUCAUCAAAGUUACUUUUUGCAAAGGAUAUUGCAAAGUUCAGACCAGUUGCUACGAGAAUGUUUUCGAGGAUACGACAACAGCCCAGGGUAGACAAUGAAAAGUUCUUUGAAUACAUCAGAACUCUCACUACUGUAAGUUUUCUCGAAAUUUUGAGUCAAAAAAUUCUCCACAUAUUCUGAGAACGUAAUUUCAGGAAUCAUGUGGAAUGUCAGCUCAUCUUGCAGUCAACGAACUCCUCAACUGGUCCAAAGCCAACAUCCUUCGUUUAACGGACCUCCUGGAUCAAGAUCCAGUCAGUGUGAAACUUCGAUUGGGAGAGAGACUUCAAGAAUCCGCGAGAUGUUCGCUGGUCCCCUCGGAUCCCCCAGACCAUAUCUACGCCACUCUCCAGUAA